AUGUGCCUGCUCUUGCACGAGAUCGCGCUGCACACAGAUUUUGUAAACGGCAAAGUGCGGGCUCACGCUGAAGGCGGGGCCUGGCUCUUCUCUGGAGCCUCUGGGGAAGAAGCUGCCCCCAGACUUAUUCAGGUUGUUGGCGGAGCUUGGCUGGAGAGUGUUCAAGACGGCCUGGCCUUAAGGGAGGGACACUACAGAGAGAUAUAUUUGGACUCAAAGCAGAAGAAGCUGAAGAGAGCUGUCAAGAAGCACAGGUUUUUUGAAGACUAUCUGAUUAAGAGCCUUGAGAAAAUCCCCAAGGGCUACAAUGAAGGGGAAGAGCCAGAGGAGGCCCAGAAGGUCCUGGUGGAGGUCUUGGUGGAGUACUAGAAGAAGCUCUUCAGAGUUGGUAGCAUUCAGAAACAUCUUGAGGCCUUCUCCAGGAUGAGCCAAGCUGUCCACCAGAGUCUGGAGUCUCUAGAGGAGAGCCAUAGAACUCUUACCCUGAGCCUCAAGAUCCGGCUGUGUCUGCUGCAGAAGAGGCAUCACCAUAGGCAUGAGCAGCAGUGGCAGUUGGAACAUGAUGUCACCUACCUGAAAGACACGGGCAGCUAUAAUGGGAGUCCAUUGGGAAGCAAGGUGGUUACAGCUGAUCACCAGCCUACCGGCCUGAAGUCCAGUGCUCAGGUACUGCUCGGAGUGAGGAGCGCUGGGUCCCUCCAUGCUUCUUCCCAGCCCCUGCCCCAGAACCAGCUGUCCAACUAUGUGCAAAUAUGGCUCAGCAGCUGCUUCUCUGGCUGUGUUGUACUCAAGAGCAUGGGCCUCUUCGACCUGAUUCAGACUGUCAACAAACUUGUGAUGAGCACCUACUAG